CAAAUGCAUCUGCUUCCGGCGACCAUCUCUUGAACGCAUUCACGAUACUUUCCUCCCUGGCAGUCAGCGACAGUACGAUUCACAGAACUGCAGGCAAAUACAUCACAGCACGACCGGCGCUCUCUGGCGGCCACCAACAGUUUGCAUGAGCCACGAUGAGCUGCCAAGGAAACCACUGCUCCUUCGUCCUCCUGGCUGAAUUUCACAUCCUCGAAGGCGCGCAGCUCAAGUACCAGUUCCCUCAGCCUCUCGGUGUCGAUGAAUCGGUCCUCGCCAUGUCGAUGCUCCCGGACGGGGCUGAAAUGCAGGUCGACGACUGGACGGUAUUCUUCCUGAACCAGACGCCGUUCAAUACUAUCUCGCCUGUGGUCGGCCUGGACUCGCCAGACGUGAAGACGGUGGGGUUGCCAGGAGAGGAGAUGUCGUCGCAAGGCGACCAGCCGGAUUUGCUCUGCGUGCUGAACUUGGUGAGGACCAAGCAUGAUAAAUCACUGAAUCGAGGAGCAAGGGUGUUGGCAUUGGCGAUAUGUACGCGACAUCCAUUUAUCCAAAUAUUCAAGCCCGUUUUGCUAAUGGCUCUCGACGACUACCUCAUCGAUCCCUCGCAAGACUGUCUAGCACGUCUCUUUGAUGCCGUCAACUCAAUGGACUUUUCCGGCGCACCAAUCCUGAACAGACACGAGAAGAUGGUCAUGAGAUUCUCAGAGCGAAAGGACAUCUUUGCUGAAAAGUUCGCUAAUAUCAAGAAUGCUUCAUCUGUGUCCUUCGGUGCAAGUGGCAGCAGGAAUCCUGCGCAUCGGACGACGCCUUCCGCUGGGUCUUACUCGAGUUUUGAAGAGGGUAUCAUGAUGCGGACGAAGGAGAAGGAGCGAGCUGCUGAUGAGAACAGGGGGCGGGAAUGGGAGAACACAGUGAGGCCAAGAGACAGAACGGAUACAGAGAGCACGACCGGGUCUUCUUCACAGACACGGCAAUCACAUACUCCACCUUCCGACUCAUCGUUCACGCUAGGCGGUAGUGCUGUCUGGGUAGGGGAAGAAAGCGGCUUGGAAAAUGCUUCUGCGGAAGGCGAGGACGGGGCCGUCGCGUCCUUGGCUAACAGCAGCACGCUAGUGGGUUCUAGUCGAAAGAGACGCUCAACGGAUGCCUCCUCUGCGUCGUCACUCGUUGGAUCUACCCUUAGGCCACCGCCGUUACACCCAGGUCAUGUACCGUACGACCUACGAUCCAGCUGGACUAAAGAUACCCAUUUCUUUCAUACCACUGUGGCGUAUCGAGAUCACCAGCUGCCUAUUAGAAUGCCGCUUUCGACGUUUCCUGAAGAGGUUGGUGAUUACUCCCUGAUCACACUUAUUAAAGUUUUCGGCGCCACCGUGAAUGGUCCGUUGCAUCCCCAUCUCCAUACGAACGGCCCUCAAACGCAUCCGAUUAUCGUCCUCUUCAACGCGUUGAUCACUGGUAAGCGGAUAAUAUUUUUGGGUCAUAAACGACCCGCGGGGGAAGUGUCAAGCUUCGUGCUGUCCGCAUGCGCACUGGCAUCCGGUUGCGGGGCUAUUCUCCGAGGUUUCAUAGAAAGAGCCUUUCCAUACGCGAAUCUCAAUAAUAGAGAAGAAUGGGAGUCUGUUCCUGCGUACAUCGCGGGUGUAACAAACCCGAUCUUCGAAGCGUUAGGUGCCUGGGAUCUUCUCCUGGAUAUUGGCACGGGUACAGUCACUGUGGCAAAGGAUAUCCAUACCAACUACCCAAUAACCAGUGGUUCUGGUUUCGUUGCACCUUUUAUAACCCGGAGCGGAACACUGAAGGCUGAAUCAUCCGAGGAGGAUUACCAGAAAGUCCCUAGCAAAGACAAGGUUGACUUUGUACCGAAAGCAGACCACAACACGGAUACAGUGUUCAUCGAAGACAUUAAAUCUGCCAUUGAGUAUCAUUAUGGGGAGAGCCUGGUUCGGGCACGGUUCACGGAAUACGUUGGCCGUUUUGUGCGCUUGGCAUCACGCUAUGAAGAGGAGGCGACUGGUAUUACAAGUAUUGGGUAUCCUAGUGGGCCUUUCAUGGAUGGGAGCGCUUCUCGACAUCAGCUAGGGAGCGGCAUUGCUUUCAACGACGAGGCCUUGGGUCACAAGGAACUAGCUUCGAACUGCCAUCGCGUCGAGGCUUGGAAAAGGACGAACAGCUAUAAGUACUAUGCUAUGGAUUUCAAAAAGUCGCUGACGACGAACCCCAUCAAAGGCUUUGACGUUGUACAUCAAAUCUUCCGGCUCAGGCAUGCCAAAAGGAUCCCGGACUCGGAAGUGUCUUUGGUCAUGUGUGCGCUUAUUGAAAAUGUCAAGACCUACGAUCAGGUAGUGGAGUUUCUGUCUUAUCUAAUGCCCCAUAGUGGCGGUCUCCUCCCCCUAGCGUUUGGGCUUUUCCACCAAAAGGAGUCGAUAAGGGACCAGACGGUGGACCUGUUCAAUCAGCUCCGUGCAUAUCCGGUGGGUGUAUUGUUCCUGCAAACACUCAACCACUUUCAGCGCUACUCGUAUGUGAGACAAGCACACAUGCGAGAAAAGCGGAUAGCUGAACAACAGCAUGAUGCCAAGGGGACGAUGGCACCGUUGCUGCUCCCUCCGGCGGUUCCGUCACGUACGCACUCCAACACUAGCGUCACCUCCAUGCAUGUAAAUGGUGCAUUCUGAUCUAAUCAUUGUAGUUUAUGCUUAUAUUAUAGUCGUUCUGGAAUUCACAUACGUCUUCGCUAUGUACUUUAUCCCCCCCCACUUGUCUGUGUUAUAUCCGCAUGUCGAUCCUUAGAACGGGCGCUGGAGCGAUCGCGUUUGGAAAUUUUGGUGUUUGGUCCUGAAACAC